AUGUUGUUUUUUCUUCAGGAUGAUAUUGUUUAUUAUUCGCAUCCAUUUGAAUUUGAAAUUUGGUAUAAACCAUCACCUACUUCAGUUGAUCAUGAACUUCCUCGAAUGCCAAAAAUUUAUUUUCAAAUUUUUUCAUUAGAUUCAUGGGGUCGUCAUCGCAUAGAAGACUAUACAUAUAUAGAUAUUCCAAGUAGUCCAGGAUUUUAUGAUGAAGAUUUAUCAUGUUGGAGACCACGUGGUAAUUCAAUAUAUGAUGAACUUCGUCGAUUUUAUAUUGGUGGUUCGUCGGAAAUUGAAUAUGUGAGUUAUUUUGCUAUUCCAAAAUUAUUUCAAAGUGAAAAAAAUAAUAAAUUAUUAAGUCAUUUUGGUUUUCGUACUGUUUCAACAGGAACAUUAAAUAUUCGACUGAAUAUUGCUUUUCAAUCAGAAUGUCUUGCAAAAGAACAUCAAGAUGCCAGUCGCUAUGGGUAUAUUUUCUUUAUAUGA